AUGCAAGAGUCACAAAGAUAUUUAUCUCGAGGAGAAAACUCACAACAACAAAACAAAUUUUACAAUUCCGCAACCGAAACAAAUAAAUCAUUAGGAAAGACAAGUUUUCGUCAAAGUUGUAAAAGUUGCCAAAUGCAAGGGCAUGACAUACUUCGAUGCGAUAAAUUCCAAAAAUUAAAUGUCGAACGGCGAUUAGAAGUAGUGCGCAAAAAUCAAUUAUGCUUUAGAUGCUUAGGACAACACACAACGAAAAGUUGUUUCAGGACUUGGAAAUGUAUGGUAUGCGACAAAUCACACAAUACCUUGCUACAUGAAGACAAACCAAGUCAAAAAAUAUCAUCAAAUAUGGCUAAACAGAAAGGAGAAGACACAUUUUUAGCAACAGCAAUAAUAAAAGUGAUAACGCCAAAAGGAGAAUUGGAAUUAAGAGCCUUAAUUGAUAGUGGUUCUCAGAAAACUCUAAUUUCUGAGGAAGGAGUUCAAAUGUUAGGGUUACCGAAAAUAAAGGUAACCACCGAAAUAAGCGGCGUCUCAGCGGAAUGCGUGGAAGUUUCACGACAUAAAGUACGACUCGAAAUAAAACCCAGAUUUAAUAGCAAGUUUCUAGCAGAAACCGAAGCUUUGGUGUUAUCUAAACUACAUAAAGCACUUCCAAUAAAAAAAUUUGAAAAGAAGGCGUAUAUAUGGAAGAAUAAACUACUAGCGGAUCCAAAUUUCAACAAACCAAGUCGCAUUGAUGUAGUAAUUGGAGCUGAUUUGUACCCAAAAAUAAUGAAAAAAGGUAUAAUUAAAGCUGAUGGAUUACUAGGACAAGCCACAAUGCUGGGUUGGAUUGUGUCUGGUAAUAUUGAAAGAUCCAGAAGCAAUGAAAUAGUAGCAGCUAUGACAACCUUUAAACUGGAUGAUUUAGAAAGAUUCUGGGAAAUGGAAAAGGGUGAAGAGGAGCCUACUCCAGAAGAUACCAUAUGUGAACAAAAUUUUAUUAAAACGACAACACGUGAUUCAACAGAUGGCAGAUUUAUAGUAGCCAUUCCGUUUAAAAAGGAGAAAAAGCUUGGAGAAUCUAGGAAGACAGCAGUCGCACGGUUAAUGAGUAUGGACAGGAAAUUUGAAGCAAGAAAAGAUCUAAAAGACGACUACACAGAGUUCAUGCGGGAAUAUCAAAAGAUGGGACAUAUGAAGGAAGUUGAAAAGAUAGGUCAAGGUAAAUAUUACUUGCCCCAUCAAGCUGUAAUUAAAAAAGAAAGCACCACAACAAAACUAAGAGUGGUCUUUGACGCAUCGGCAAAAACUACAAAUGGUCACAGUUUGAAUGACGUAAUGCUAAUCGGGCCAAGAUUACAGAAAGAUAUUGUAGAUAUCAUUGUAAAGUGGCGUAUGUGGCGUUAUGUAAUGACUGCUGAUGUCGAAAAGAUGUAUCGGCAAAUAAAAGUCAGAGAGGAAGAUCAGGAAUAUCAGUAUAUUCUAUGGAGAGAAAAUCCUCAAGAGAAAAUAAAGGAAUUCAAACUUUCAACAGUGACAUAUGGUACAGCAGCACCAUUUUUAGCAGUGAGAACGUUACAAGAGAUUGGUAACAUUUACUGUAAAGACAAUAAAAACGUGCAUGACGUCAUUAAUAACGAUUUUUAUAUGGACGAUCUCAUGACAGGCGGUCAUACUAUUCAGGAAUGUAAAGAAUUACGAGAGAAAUUGAUACAAGCUUUACAGAGUGCAGGAUUUCAUUUAAGAAAAUGGUUAUCAAAUAGUUCCGAAAUAAUUGAUAAUCUUACAAGGGAAGAUAAUGAAAUUAUUCAAAUCGAAGAAACGGAUUCAGUGAAAACCUUGGGGUUACAAUGGGAACCAAAACGUGACCUAUUUAAAUUUAAAGUAGCAGCUCAACAGGAGGAAAAAAUUACAAAACGAACAAUACUAUCACAAUUGGCAAAAAUAUUUGAUCCGCUUGGUUGGCUUGCACCAGUAACAAUUGUUGGUAGAUGUUUCAUGCAAAAACUUUGGUCUACAGGUGGAUCUUGGGAUGAGUCGUUAAAUAAAGAGUUAGAAGAAGAAUGGCUGAAAUUCGCUAAACAAUUAGAUAUAUUAGAUAAAAUAACUAUUCCACGCUGGAUCGGUACAAAUAAUACCACUAGUUUGGAAUUGCAUGCGUUUGGAGACGCAUCUGACAAAGCAUAUGCAGCAGUAAUUUAUGCAAAAGUGGGGCAGCAAGUAACACUGUUGCUUGCCAAAAGCAAAGUAAACCCUAUUAAAAAUAGGAAAACAAUACCCAAAUUGGAACUUUGCGGUGCACAUCUAUUGGCUAAUAUAUUAAAAAGAGUCAAGAAGACAUUGAACUUACAGUGUAAAAUUUAUGCAUGGAGUGAUUCGAUGGUUACAUUGGCAUGGAUUCAAAACAAAAACAACAAAGAGAAGUUUGUACGCACCAGGGUAAACGAUAUAAAUGAGAUGAUUCCAGAAGCUGAAUGGAAGUAUGUGAAAUCAAGUGAAAAUCCAGCAGAUAUUGCAUCAAGAGGGACAUCACCUGAAAAAUUACUACAACACAGUUUAUGGUGGCAAGGACCAUCAUGGCUUCAAUUAAAUACAGAUCAUUGGCCGGAAAGAGUAGAAGAAAAAAUAGUUACUACAACCACAAUAACGGAAAAGAAAGGCUUUUUCUCAAUACUACAAAAAUUUUCAGACCUUGGAAAACUAAUUAGAGUGAUGGCAUACGUGAUGCGAUUCACAAAUAAACUUCGAAGAAAAACGAUAACAACAGAUUAUUUAACAGUAGACGAGCUGCAAUUGGCAAAGAAAAAAGUAAUUAAAAUACAACAAAAUUUUGAUUUUUAUGAUGAAAUACGACAAUUAAGAAACGGCAAGGUGUUGGAUAGAAAAAACAAAUUAUCAACAUUAUAUCCUUUCGUUGAUGAAGAUGGCAUUUUAAGAGUAGGAGGAAGACUGCAAAAUUCUGAAAUCGCUUAUAACACUAAACAUCCAAUCAUACUGACAAAUUGUGAUUUAUCAAAGUUAAUCAUCCAGGAAGCACACAAAACAACAUUACAUGGUGGCAUUGAAUUAAUGAGAACACACAUCAGAAAUGAAUACUGGAUCAUUCGUAUAAGGAGUCAACUAAAACAGUAUGUGAGGAAGUCUGUACGUUGUGCUCGAUAUAACCAAGAAGUGAUGACACAACUAAUGGGAAAUUUACCACCAUAUCGAGUUAUACCCAACCAUCCAUUUAAUAAUGUCGGAGUGGAUUAUACAGGACCGCUUCAAAUACGCUGCUCAAAAGGUAGAGGCCAAAAAUCAUACAAAGGAUAUAUUGCUGUCUUUGUUUGCAUGACGACAAAAGCAAUUCAUCUUGAAGCCGUAAGCGAUUUAUCCACGGAAGCUUUUUUAGCUGCGUUGCGGCGUUUCUUUGCAAGAAGAGGAAAAAGUACCAAUAUAUAUUCAGAUAAUGGUACAAACUUUGUUGGAGCAGCAAAAUCUUUGGACAAAGAUUUAAAACUAGCUAUUACCAAUAACAGAGUUAUUGCACCAAUAAUGGAAAAAGAAGGCAUUAAGUGGCACUUUAUUCCGCCGGCAAGUCCUCAUUUCGGAGGAAUCUGGGAAGCAGGUGUUAAAUCUAUGAAACAUCAUCUUAAGCGUAUCAUAGGAGAUAACACUCUCACAUAUGAAGAGUUAACUACACUGUUAACACAAAUUGAAGCCGGUUUAAAUUCACGCCCACUUUAUACAACUGGAGAAGAUUAUGAAAACGACGGUAUACUUACUCCAGGGCAUUUCUUAAUUGGAAGACCUUUAUUGAGUGCGCCAGAACCAUCUCAAGAAAGAAAUCUUUCGUCAUUAGAUAGAUGGAAUCUUCUUCAAAAAAUGAAAUGCCAAUUUUGGAAGAUCUGGAAAGAGGAAUAUCUACAUACAUUACAGCAAAGGUAUAAAUGGAAGCAACCGAUGAACAACAUCAAAGAAGGACAAAUUGUAUUGAUAAGAAACGAGACUUCUCAUCCAGCUAAAUGGCCGAUGGGAAAAAUUACUGAAAGGCAUAAAGGAUCUGAUGGAAUGGUGAGAGUUGUAACCAUUAAGACGCAAGAUAGCACAGUGAAAAGGCCUAUCAAUAAAAUAUGUCCACUUUACUCUGAAGAAGAGGAGAAAAGUGUCGAACGAGAAAAGAGAAAAACAUCUAGAAGCAGAAGAAUAAACACUAUUUCAAUAGUAACUUGCAUGUUUUUAUUGAUGCAAACAGCAAUAGCAACAAUGACUAGUAGUGAUAUUCAAAUCAAUGAGAUACCAAACAAAAGCGCAAUAUAUCUCGAAAAAAUUGGUAUAAUCGAUAUAGAGAUGUCUACGUGGAAUUUGGUGGUGUAUUACAACAUGGAAUUGGUGGUGUAUUACAACAUCGGGAGACUGAAAAAACAGUGUCAUCUCCUCACCAACUUCGAAUCAAGCUGUGAAAUAAUGAAUUCAGCACUAGAAAAACGGUUCAAGGCGUUAGAGAUGAAUAAUGACCUCUUACUACAACCAAAAAGGACACGUCGAGCACCUUUUGAAUUUGUAGGAACUAUUCAUCACAUUCUUUUUGGAACGAUGGAUGCAGAUGAUCGAAAGGAGUUAGAGAAAGACCUAACUAAUUUAUUAGACAACGAAAAGAAUUUAAAACAAUUGAUUCAGAAGCAAACGUCUGUGAUUGAUUCAUCGUUGAACAUUAUGAAGAAAUCGGAAGAAGAAGUGCGAGAAACUUUCGUAAAGAUGAAUGGACAAUUGAAUUUAUUCUACUCAGAAUUAAUAAAAAAUCUCAACGCCGAAAGGAUGGCAUUAAUUUAUCAAAUGAUGGUAACACAACUCAGUAUGACGUUGACAGAAUAUGAAAAUAUACAAUCGACAAUCAUCAAUCUGUUAAUUGACAUUAACCAUGGACAUCUAAAUCCACAACUUUUACGACCAUCUCAAAUGCGCGAAGAAAUAUACAAAAUUAAAAAUGAGUUAUCACCAAAGUUGACACUUUUAGGAGCCCAAACAAGUGAAAUACUAAAAAAUGUUUAUAAUCUUAUGAGAGGAAAAGGAACCAUAAUGAAUAAUAAGGUAGUGAUCAAAACAACCAUUCCAUUAUUCGCACGUGAGACGUCAACAUUAUAUAGAGUAAUUCCAAUUCCGUUUCAACAUAAUGAAGAAAUGAUGAUACCAAUUAUUAGAGGAAGCUAUCUAAUUUACAAUUUCGGUUUAGAUGCAUACAAUAUAAUGCAACAAACAGAAUUGGAUAAAUGUGAUACGAGUCUGGAGAACCAUUACACAUGUAAAGGAAGCUGGCCAUGGAAACCAUCCUCAGACCAGUCAUGCGAAAUCUCGGUACUACGUGGCAUGCCAACAAAGAACUGUCUUUUCAAAAAGGGUCAUUGGACUAGCUUUUGGAUAAAGCUUCAAAGUGGUAAUAGUUGGCUUUAUAACAUAUUUUCAAAUGGAACUAUAGAUGUAGAAUGCAACAAAUUCAAGGAAUUUUUCAACAUACCAUCGAAAGGAAUAAUGGUAUUAGGAGAAGGAUGUACUGGACGUUACAAAGGAAUUAUUCUAGCAGCUCCACAACAAUAUCACACGCAAAAGUUAAUUGAGGCACCUGUGAAUCAACCAAUAAUGGAAAUAAAUGAAGUACCUAUGCCUCAAGUAAUUGCUCCACCAGAAACCAUAACUACAAGUUUAAAAGACAUCAAAGAAUUACAAGACAUAGUGAAGCAACUCAAGAAAGAAAACAUAAAAUUAAAAGAAAUAAAAGUACAUCAUGUUACCGGACACAUAUCAUUGCUAUUCUUUAUAGUCGGCGUGCUAGUAGCAAUCUUCAUUUACUAUCGAUUGAAAACCAAGCGACGACUACAAGCUGCAAUCACGUUCCCAGCAGUCACUUUUGCCGCCCGGGAGAAUGUUCAAAAUUGAACAUGUUCGUUGCUGCCAAAGCACGGACAACAAUAUUACAUUUAAGUCUUUUUUAUAUAUUUCAAUGUUAAAUAAGAUAAGCUAUUGUAAUCAUACAGUCCACUAGUAAUAGAUAUCUAUGUUCAAAUAUAUUGAACAUACAUACACAUAUACAUAAACAUACGUACAUAAAAUAAACACAUAAAAAUGUAUGCAUUGAUAUGCAGCAUACAAACAUAUAUGAGGCACGCAUGCAUUAAUAUGUGACACGCAUGCACUCAAGAAAUAUCUAAUAAACAUACAUAUUUACUUAGGUUUGGGCAAUUGAUUAGAAAUGCACAUGUGCACUUGAAAACAACCCAAACCAAGCAAUAUAAAUUAUACUUCUAUGACAGCACACACACACACACAUGUAUUGUAUUGUAUAGUUAAAAACAACCCCAAGUGGUGUGCUGUAAAUAUAUUUAUAUUUAAUUAGAUAAGUUAGAAUUUUAAAAUAGUAUAUAAGGUUUCCAAAUUUAUAAAUAAAACUAGAAUGAAAUAUUCUCAGCUCGACUAAAGACGUUUUUUAAUUCCCCCCACCAGUGGUAAGGAUUACUAAAAUCUUUGUUGAGUUUAAGUUUGAUCUUACAAAUCAAACAGUUUGAUAUAUAAUUUCAAACACGAAGAAAUCAAAACGCACUAAAACGGAUAAGUGAGACACAUCAGCCUUACGGCGUAAUUCAAUAUUCGCUCAUGUUCUGCCGCAGAGAAGACGGAUAUCAGAUGAUAUAAGAUGAUAAAUCCGGUGAAUGGUUAGUAAAAAAAAUUUUUGUUUGCUACUUCAUAUAGGUAAUUUAAGCUUUUAGGUGUCGAGACAAAUAAAAAAGUCAGUUCAAUGAAGUUUUACGCAUAUCGAAUGAUAAUUCGCCAAAACUAUAACAACCAUUUACUGAGAUAUGGACGGUUAUUUCAACAGUAUGCAGUUGACAUGUAUGUUAAAGUUGAGACAGAACGACUUAAUUACAUGCAAUACAAUCAGUCGAAGUUGCGAUCUGAAGAGUAUAUUCACUUAAGAGAUGCAAUGAAUGGUGAUGCGGAUAUUACAGAUAUUGGUCGACUCUAUAUUUUGCCAUCGACAUACAUUGACAGUCCUAGACACAUGCAUGAGUACUCCCAGGAUGCGAUGACUUACGUGCGCAAUUAUGGACGGCCGGAUUUGUUUGUUACAUUAACUUGCAAUCCAAAAUGUGACUUUAACACUUUGAGCCCCGCGUGCCCCACUGGUGGACAUUUAUAUUUUGACGAGUUGGGGUAAUGUGACCACCCGUGGGCAUUGGUGAAUUUUCAUUAUGGGACAUCGUGACCCCCGGUGGUCACAAAAAAAAAACAGGAAAAACACAGCAAAAAUGCAUUUGGUUUAUUAAAAAUAAAUAUCACAAAGUCACCUCAAUCGCAAAAAAUCAAUAAAACUAAGUAAACAAAUUUUGGUUCCAGCUUGUCAACUAAAGCACAACCGGGCCACCGGUGCAGAAAAAAAUGACCACGGGUGGGCACACGGGGCUCAAAGUGUUAAGCAGGAUAUAUCAGCUAAUAUUUUAUUAUCUUAAUGAAAUUGAGAGAAUGUGUUUUAAUCAUAACAGGGUAUAUUUUUGCCAAAAAUGGAUAAAAUUGAGCGAAAACUUGACCUAGUCUUUGACUGUCUUUGCUCUAUAUUAUUGGUGAUUAUAUGUGAGGUACAUUAAUGAUAAUAAUUAAUGAAUAAAAUCUGGUCGAUACUAAUAUAUAUAAAGACCUUCAUUUUCCUAAGAAAUUUUAUGACGAAUUUAUCGGACAGUGUAUGACUUAUAUAGAGUAUAUGUAUAUUUAAAACUUCUUUGAUUUCGAUCCUUUGGUUGACGUUUUACGUCUAAAGGUAUUUCCCUGCCUCUAAUUCUUGGAAGUUGCAAGAGUAUAAAAUGUUCGGAGGCACCGGAACUUAGCCCUUCAUCUUCAGGUACCUCAGUUUCAACACUCCUGUUUAAAAAUUAUUUCCAUAAUCUUGUGUCUUGAAGCGUAAACGUAUGCAUGUACAAAGGAAAAAAACCACAAGUUAAAAGUAUUUCUUUUAUACUUUAGCAACAUAUAGGAGGAUGGAGUCAUGUGUAGAAGUUCACGCAAGUGAGGAAAGUUCUCUGAUCGCCAUUCACUUGGGAGUGGCCAGAAGCGAUUCUUUUACAUAUGACUCAAGCAGCUCACGACUUCCGGUCUUUGACCAAGUAUCCUCUGGGUAGCCUAAGAACAUCCGUUUGAAGGCGAGCUAAAGUGAGAAGGCGAAAUAUCCCCUACUUAGGGUUGUGCGCUGGGUUUGGGACCCGCCACGUAAAAAAACACCCCCAACGAAAAAGCAUAAACAGCCUCGGAUGAGAGACCCCCUUUUGUUGACGACCAUGGCAAACGAAAUAAGGAAAUUGAGGGCAUGCACCUGGAAUGUCCGGUCCCUUAAUUGGAAAGGUGCCGCUGCCCAGCUGGUUGAUAUCCUUGUGAAAAUAAAGGCUGACAUCACCGCCGUCCAGGAAAUGCGAUGGACGGGACAAGGACAGAGACGAGUAGGUCCUUGUGACAUUUACUUCAGUGGCCAUAUAAAGGAGCGCAAGUUUGCUGUUGGAUUCGUUGUGGGAGAGAGACUCCGUCGCCGAGUAUUAUCAUUCACUCCAGAGAAUGAACGUCUAGCCACAAUCCGCAACAAAGCGAGGUUCUUCAACAUAUCGCUGAUUUGCGCCCACGCCCUGACGGAAGAGAAGGACGAUGUGGCCAAAGAUGACCUUUAUGAGUGCGUGGAGCGCACUUAUGAGAGAUGCCCCCGCCACGAUGUCAAAAUCCUGCUUGGCGACUUCAACGCCAGGGUGGGCAAAGAAGGUAUCUUUGGCACUACGGUCGGUAAAUUCAGCCUCCACGAGGAAACAUCCCCAAAUGGGUUGAGGCUGAUCGACUUCGCCGGCGCCCGAAAUAUGGUUAUCUGUAGUACUAGAUUCCAGCAUAAGAAGAUCCAUCAAGCUACCUGAGUGUCUCCGGAUCGAAAAACCACCAACCAGAUCGAUCAUGUUGUGAUAGACGGAAGACACGUCUCCAGUGUUUUAGAUGUGCGUGCGCUCCGAGGUCCUAACAUCGACUCGGACCACUAUAUUGUUGCAGCCAAAAUUCGCACUCGCAUCUUUGCAGCAAAAAACGCACGCCAACAAACACAAGGAAGGUUCGACGUCGAGAAGCUGCAAUCACAACAGACAGCCGAACGAUUUUCUACUCGGCUUGCACUCCUGCUCUCUGAGAGCACUCGUCAACAACUCGGUAUAAGGGAACUGUGGGACGGCAUUUCAAACUCCUUACGUACAGCUGCAACCGAAACCAUUGGUUUUCGGAAAGUGCAAAAGAACAGCUGGUACGACGAGGAGUGCCGUGUCGCAGCGGAGAGAAAACAGGCUGCCUACCUCGCAACGUUACGAUCGACCACAACUCGUGCGGGAUGGGACAGAUACCGAGAGUUGAAGAGGGAAGCGAGACGUAUUUGUAGACAGAAAAAGAAAGAGGCCGAAAUGCGUGAGUAUGAACAGCUCGAUAAGCUGGCCGACAGGGGUAAUGCUCGAAAAUUCUACGAAAAGAUGCGGCGACUUACAGAAGGUUUCAAGACCGAAGCAUACUCUUGUUCCUAAGCAGCAACCGAACUGUAAGUUACAGAAUAAAUAAAAAUUUUCAAAUUUAAUCUUUUAGUCACACAGACGACUAAGAAUGAGAAGCUUGAGGUCCGAUUCAACCCCAAGACCGUCAAAUGCAGUAACAACUGCCUCCGGCAGGACAUUGUUGAAAGCUCUUUCGAUAUCAAGGAACGUCCCAAUUAUAAUAGUAGUAUGCAGGGCAGUAUGCACUGACUUGCCUUUACGAUAAGCAUGUUGUGCUCCUGACAGAUAGUCGCUCGGAAUACGCCUCCUUACAUAUCAGUCCAUCAGUCUCUCCAGAGUCUUAAGCAAGAAGGAGGAGAGGAUGUAAGGCCUGAAAUCCUUGGCCGUAACGUGGCCAGCCUUCGGGAUGAACGUAACUCUGACUCGUCCCCAGGCCCCCGGGAUGUAACCUAAUCUAAUGCAGUUCACAUAGAUAGGUGCCAACCAGCUGCAUGACACCUUACCAGCCUGCUGCAGCGGCGCUGGUAUGAUGUCGUCUGGUCCCGACAACUUGAACGGUUUAAACGAAUUAAUCGUCCAUGCCAAGUGUCGGUCAUCCAGAAGGCCGACAAAGGCCGCACAGUUGUCAUGCACCACUCCGAGAGAUACACAUGGGACGCGUUGAUUGGGAAAUGAGGGUCAAGGAGCAUCUAUAGUAUUUCUUCACUGCUAAGGGCCCACUUCCAAUUUGCAUCCUUGAGAUAACCCAGGGACAAUGGGUUUUUUGCGAGAAUAGGCCUGUAUCUAGAGGACUCGUGACAGCCCCUCACUUUUUCACAGAAACUCUUGCACGAUAUCGUGUUAACCUUUAUUAGCUCGGAAUUGUAUAUUGAAAAUCCUAUUUUAUACAAAGCCCAGUCGUUAGAUAACCCAUUUCUGCGGACCCUGUUAAAUGAACGUCUACAGGACGCCCUGAUAUCCGAGAGUUCCAUAGUCCACCAUAGAGGUUGCCUUUGCCCUUCGGUGUUUUCAGUGGACAGGAACUCUCCAGUGCAGGAUUGCACGCCGAGCUGAAGAUUUCGACCCACUCCUCCACCGCAUCGGUGGUGGCCAACGCUUCCACUCCCGGUGCGGGUGGGAGAGUUUGCCGAAGCCUCCUGCGGUAACCUUCCCAGUCUGUAUUCCUACGGUUUCUAAAAGAAACCAUCUCCGACUAGACUAAACCCGAUACACCUGUGAUCAGAAAAGGAGUGAUCAUCGAGAACCCUUCAUUUUGAGGUCAGCCCACCCAAGGUCCUUCUUAGCAGCAAGGGAGGUGGCUCAUGUAGAAUGUACGCAGAGAUAAGCCAUAAAUCUCCGGUGUUACACUCUAGUUCAGCGGCCAUAUUGUGACCUACCCGCACCUCCUCCAACAAUUGUUCGAGGCUGAAGACAGCGACGCCAAUCGACGAACCGCCCCCAAAACUCGCCACGUCCGAGAGAUUCGGCUCGUUUUCCAUGGUCCUUUGACCAACAACGCAGUCAGUCUUACCCACCGCAGCUGCAGCUUGGGUGCCAUUGGCUCUGGCAUCCGUUAGGAGUACUUUCAGCACUACCAUUUCGAAACCAUAGCUGAAAGAAGUGAUGGACUCUGAAUUUAGCAUAUCUCUAGCCUUAAAACUCUCCAGUCCUGCGUGGGAAGUAUCUGAUUCGCAGUGGAAGGUUCGGGCGCCAACCAGAUACAGGCUCUAAGGCGAAGAGGAAGAUCCGCUUUGUCCACGGCCUCCAGUCUGGCUCCCUUUUAAGCCCCCCCACCUGAGAGACUGCAUCCUUAUAUAAGAGAGCCGAUCGUUCGUCAGCACAUCUUGCAAGCUUGUGCAGCUCAAAGUGCCAACUUGCACUCACACAUUUUGGGGGUGGCCCAGAGUAUUCUUUGACCACCUUCAGGAAGACUGACGACAUAGCCGCCUCUACUCUCUUCCAUUCUUCGCGGGAGAUGGCACCGUCUUCCCUACUGCGAUCGAGCUCACCAAGUACUACAGCACCAGCGCUUUUAGCGAUUUCGCUAAAGGUUGGCGCAAUUCCCGUUCGUGGUUUUUUACCAAGGGAGGUUUCUCCCUCAUGUGACCUUUGCCGCUUAACCGCUGGUUCGGUCCUGCUCUAUCGUCUUCACUCAGCAUCUUCUUAGCCCACUCGAGGGUGCUAGUAUGUUGCUCAGAUACUUGAAAAACAUGCUUUCCACUGUACCGUUCCACGAUUUUGGCGGUCUGACUUAAGCUUCCUCGUUAAGGCUGCGUUACGGCGGGUUUGCGCUGGCUUCCCCCAUUCUAAUAUCUGAUGAGGAUACACCUACUGGGGUCUUUGUCUUGUUUCUGCAAUUACCCAGCGACGGUUUCGUCGCCACAGGAGCAGCAGCCCCGCCUGGGAUAGAUCUAGGUGUCGAUUUCGUCAACCCUUCACCACCCUUCGUCUUUUCGUCGAUGUUCUUGUUUUUGUUUUUUUCGUUGUUGUUAUUUGUAGUCUUGUCCCUGCAAAAAGGGUCUCCACUCAGAGCCGCCAUCCAUCCCCCGGAAAGACAGUCGCCUUUUAUGGUCCCAAGGUUAUCUCAGUGACGAAGCCAAGCCGAGGGUUGACUUUCGCCCUUGUGAGGCAAUAAGUUCAGAGCCGACCAGCGCAAAGGAGGAGUCCUCUCAACUUACACCUACCACGCCAACUUAACGGCGACGGGGGAGGAUAACGUACUCUGAGUUGCAACAUUAACCCGUCAGCCAUUUCUGAUGAGUGUCACCUCAUCAUACUCAGAUCAGGAUUCUACCAAAUUCAAAUAAAGAGUUUCUCUUACUCAAAAACCAGUCCAAAGCCAAAUGUCGUCCAGGAGUUGGAAGGCCGUGAAAGCUGCAGGCCAUUUAUCGUUACCCAGGACCAGCUUGGAAGCGACCUUCACUACAUCUUAUGAUUGUGCCCUAGGAGCAGAAAAAUUUUGUAUAGAUAUAUUGGCAAAUUUAUAAAGAUUUCAUAAACAACCAAAUUUCAAUAUUCUAAAGUCACGAAUGAUCUGAUUUGAAUUGCUAGAAGUGCCGGCUCCUUGUGAUCAAAAGACCACCACUUAGAUAUACUUAUGUCUGGAGUCUGAUACAAGUUUUUGAAGCGGGUAAUACUGCUUCCAGGUAAUUUGCUGGGUGUGAGAAGGUAUAGUGAUGUGAUGUGAUUGGAAUAACUAGUUUUGCAGUUUCCAGCAACCAGGCACCCAAACCAGUAUGAUAACGAAGUAACUUUAUCCUAUUACUAGUGACAUCGGACACUCUUCACUACAGCGCACUGUCAGCGAGCUUAACCCUGCUGUUAGGUUAAGGACCAUUUGGUCCAAUUUUUUUUUUUUUUUUUUUUGUAACAUGCAAAACGAGGGAACCCCUCGCCUAGGUUUUAUUUUACCAGAGUUGAGUAAAUAGUAAAAUAAUAAUAUUUAGCAAGUAUUGAACCAUGGACCAAAUGGUCCUCUAACCUAAGAUUUGUAAGUUUUUUUAACCUAACAGCAGGGUUAAGGCCAGCAAUGCUGCUCUGCUAACUAUUGAAUACUAGCAGCCCGCCUCGUUUUCACCGGGUAUUAAACAAUAAUUUCAAAAGUUAUAAUAUUGUGCACACUCUCCCACAUUAAAAAUUAAUAAAUUGAGUGAAAUUGGGACAUUAAAGUAUAUUUUUUUGUCUUGUUAUAAUUAUUAUUUUUUUUUAACAUUUGUAAAAAGGCCUUUACUAUAUAUUUUACUUUCUCUGCUCCUGAAAAAUAAUUUAUUGAGUUAGAGCUUCCCUGUAAACGAUAUUUGAUGUUAAUUUAUUUUAUGACAGUAAUAUAAAUUGAUUUUCUCAGGACCCGCGAAUGGCCAUGAGUUGGUCAAUCCUACUAAUUCGAAAGCCUGGCCUUGGGACUUGUUUAUAGUUAGAGCGAAAGAUGUUUUCAUCGGAAAUUGAAACCGUUUAAAUGGGAUUGGCAGAUCACUUGGGAUCAUUGGAAUCCAUUGUAUAUGAGCUAUUUGACCAGCUUCUGGGCCGGUGAUAAGUGAUAAUUAAAUUUUCCUUCAUUUCCUUGGAACUCCAAUUUUUAAAGCGAAUUCAUGUGGUGGUAGUCCACAAGGGUUGAAUGAAUUUAAAAACUUUUGGGGAUAAUGGACUGCGUCUUCGAUGUCUAUCGAAUACCCAGUUUUGGAAACAGUUUGGAAACUUUUUGAAUAAUUAGAUUGUUUAUUUCGUUGAUACUGUCAUUCUUGGGUGGCACCAUUGUCCAGAAAAAUUUCUUCACCAAGUUUAAGCAGUUGCUUUGGAAAAUCCCCAUCAGUAAUUCCAUAAAGAUGAGCUCUCAUAUUGGUCUGAAAUUUAUAUAUGUAUUUUCAACCAAAGUCCAUAAGGGCGAAAAUAUUAAGCAUGCUUUGGUGAUGUCUGGUUGCGUACCUCUGUUAACGACAGGAAGAGUCUGUCGGAAAUCUCCAGGAAAUAAAAAAAAAAUCCCACCCAUGAGAGCAGAGGAGUUUCUAAGGUCCUUUAAUAGUCUAUCCAAGGUUCAUGGUGCAUUCAUCCCACAUAAUUAAUGUGGUCUUGCAAUUGUUUACCAAGAGGCUCAUUUUUACGGAUAGAACAUAUUGAUUGUUGUUCAAGAUUUGCGGAUAGCGAAAAUUUAAAAGUUGAAUAAGUAGUUUUUCCAUCCCUUAGAAGAGUUGCAGCAAUUCCUGACGAAGCCUUACCAUUAUACUUUCUUAAAUUUUUUCGGUCUUUUUCGUUCGUUCGAAAUGUUUUUCGAUUCGCUUUUUUAGCAUAAGUAAACUAAAUAAUAUUAUCUAAUUAUAAUUAUAGCUUUUAAUUUAUUACGUUUAAUGAAUAAAAAACAAAUUAGCUUUUCUGUGCUUAUACAAAAGCGGCGAAUUUUAUUGUUUUUAAUCUAAUAUUUCGACUAAACUUCGUGUUUCAAUUUAAAAAAGGAAAGAAAACAUUUUUUUCAAAUAUCAUGUAAAUGAAAUUAAACUAAAAAAAUAUAAAAUAUCAUUUUUUCAUCGCAUGUCAGUUUCUUACAUUGCGAGCUCAUUUUGUAAAUCUUACUAACUUUCAAAUAAUUUUGUCUAUAGUUGGAUGAGUUUUGUUUUUAGUUUUUAAUAUUUUUGAUAAAUAACGUGUAUUUAAUUUACUUCUAAAUAAAAAAAUUCUAUACUGCAAAAAGUACCGCUAUAAAGUGUUGUCAAAUAUGCACAGCACUUGAAAAUUUGGAGUGAUAAGCUUUGCGUGCAAGAACGGUCAAAUUAUUUGUAGUUAUUAUGGUGAUUUGUCAUUAUGUUUGCAGCUCUGUUUUCUGUACGAAAUGAAGAAGGUAGUCCAAAAUCGCUUAGGUCUUUAUCAUUUAGUUGCAAUAUUUUAUUUUUAUGUAUAUUAAACCUUCCUUAAAUUUGUCUUCACUAUAUGGUGAAGCGAAAUCUUGAUUUUGCUGUUGUAGUCUAUGUACAAUAUCUUUACGUAAAUCGUCUUUGAAAUUUUCUCAUAAUUUUAAUGGUUUCGAAGGUUGACAAUAUAAAAAUAUGACGGUAAACAACUCUCUCACUUGUACUGGACACUGUGAAAUUAAUGCUUCUCUCAGAGUAUUAUCUAUCACGUCAAGCUGUCUGAUAGGUCUCUUUGAAAACUCUGUCAACGGUUUUUAAGUAGUCGAAUGAGGUUGGACCGUGUACGUGAAGUAAAAAUAUGCUAAGGUAAAAACACUCUGAUUGUGAAGGAUGUACAGCGUAGACUGUACUUAAAGCGGAAUCUUUUUUCCUGCUGGAGGUCCCAAUAUAUCCUCACCACGCUUUUUUCUUAUAAAUUUUUUAUUAGCUCAUUGAGGGACGUGGUGUCUUUGCAAAUUUAUUUUCAUUACAGAGCUCCAAGAAAGCCAGCAAAGUGGUUUUACGUGGGUUUUGGUACAGCUAACUGUUAGAUCUAUGAUCUAUAUUGAACCUACUCCAUCUAAUAUUUAAUGUAGCGUUAUGUCUCAAAUUUUCUUCAUCAUGACGACUAUAAACUGGAUAUUCGUCCCCUCCGGUUUACUUAUCGUUGACGAAACGUAUGGUACUGGCAAAUGACAGUGUGGGAAACCUCGUUUCUGCAACUCACACUUCCUAUACAUAUAAUAUUUCACUUUGGCGAAUACUUCGUCUUUCGUGAAUAAUUUUAUGAAUUUCUUCAUCUUUACAUGAAAUGAUGUUAUGACGAUUGAAAGGUCGCAGAUAAUAGUUCCACUUUAAUUUCAAGUCACUCGGCGUUAUGUAUGUGGCGUAUAUGCGUUGUCCCCCAUAAUUCCGGACGCAUCUUGCGUUUUUUCAUGCAGAUAACGUGAAGAAUUUUUGAUUGGUCUAUGUUAGCAUCUUGAUGUAAGGAGCCUCAGAGAUGAAUGUAUUGGUCAGCCCUUAGGCUUUGUUGACUACGAAAUAUGUAAUUCAAUCUUUCUGAUAUCAUUUUCGCCAUCAUAUCGACAAUAUGUACACCAAAUAAAUCUCUGUAAUUAUGUAAAGGGUUGAAACAAUUAACUCUAGCCAUCCACCUAAAUGCAUAAAAUUGAAUGCACAUCCCUCAUUUGUUACUCUACCUUACUGAGGAAUGGUCAAAUAAUAACCGUCUUCUCCCAUUACAAACAGUUUGGGAUACUGCAGAGGAUCAUAUGGUCGGUGCAACUCAGAAACCUUUUUAAGUUGGCCGUCUCUACUCGUACCACGCACUAUAUCUCUUGGGCCUUUUUCAUCGUCAACCAAGAAAACGGCUACCUCGUUUACAGCUGUAGCAUUAUAUCUACUCAGGUGUGCUAUUUGUGGCUUUUAUUGUGGUAAUUAACUUUAAAUUAUCUGAAAAUUUGCGAUCUAAGUUUUGCUUAAAACAUCUUUUGUAUGCUAUUCAGUGUGGUUUAUAGUUCGUUUAUUAAAUAAAUUUUUAGCAAUAGAGCUAUGUUUUACCGUAACGACAGGUGAUCUGCAUCUGAAAUGAAAUAAAUUUGCAAGAAUUGUGGACUUUGACAUGAUGAUGGUAGAAGGCUACCUAUUAGAUAAUACCCACUAUUUUAAAAGUAGGCAUAAAAUUAUCUUCCCUUAUUUCUUUCGCGUCAAAUGACGUUAUUUAUUUGUACCUAAGUAUGAUGUUUAAAAGAUGUACAUAAAGUGUGUGAUUAUUUGUCAAUACAUUUUUGAUUCGCUAUGGCGGCUCCUGCAUAUUAGGGAGAUUGACUUUUUCAGAGGCACAGCACAUACCAUUCAUUUGAUAAUAAAGGCGUUGGGAACGCUAGUGCGAGCUUGUAUAUUUGUAUUACUUUGCUCUUCAAACCGUUAUCCACUCUCUAGCGCGUGCUUGUUAAGUUUUCAACUUUUGUUCAGUAAGCCGCUGCGAUCGUUCGAUACUCGACUCCCGAGAGAGUUACACAUAUAAUUCCACAAACGUCUAUAUGUAAUGAAACCUCCAACUUAGAAGAGAUAAUGAAAAAAUACUUAAAUACUGUGUAAAACAUUUAUUUAUUUGUGAGCUAAUUAAAAUUGACACUCAAAAGAAUUUGGAUGCUUUGGCACCCAUCAAUGGAAACUAUUGAAGUUUUCAAACACAAAAUUUUCAGGUAUAAUAUCCAAGACUUCAAAGAUGGUUAGUGAGUUUGGGUGAAAUAUAUAUAUAUACAUAUAUAUUCUAUAUAAAUAAAAAUGAAUCGCAAAAAUGUAUGUACGCUCAUAACUUUCAUACGACUGAACCAAAUUUGAUAAUUCUUUUUUUAAAAUGUUCGCUGAGGCUCAGGGAUGGUUUAUGCGGAGAAAAAAACUCGAAUAAUUGCCGGAAAACCCCUAAAAACAGCCCUUUUCUUUUUCCCAUAGAAACGAAUGAAUGUUUGUUUAUUAGCAACGCUAAGGGAACGACCGAACCAAUCUUGAUGAAAUUUGCAGAGAAUGUUCUGCGUGGAUUGGGAAAGGUUUAGAAAUAAAAAACCUAUAUGCUUUUCUUGAGGAAAAGUCGGAAAAUUGGACAAUACCAAAAAGUUAAUUUUUUCCAUACAAUUUUUUUUCAAUUUUUUAUUGUUUUGUUUUUCAAUUAUUUGAAUCGAUUAAAUCUGUCGUUUGCUUCAAAAAUUUUUGAAAAUUAUUCAGUGAAAAUGUUAUGUGUUUUUCACACAAAGUGAUCAAUUACAGAUUGAAAUUUGUCACGACGCCAUGAAGAGGUCGCGCUAAUAUCGGUUGGCGUUCUUUUUUGCAUCAACAUACAUUAGAAGCCCAAGGCACAUGAAAAGUAUUCCCAGGAUGCGAUGGCAUACGUGCGGUAUUAUGGGUCGCGAUCGUCACGAUGUCACAGCAAGACUUUUCAACAGCUUCGAUGGACAUUAUCUUGAAGCAACGCAUAUAUGGUGCUGUUAGAUGCUAGAUGUACUCUGUUGAGUGGCAAAAGAGAGGUUUGCCGCACGCACACAUUCUUCUUUGAAUGGUGGAUGGUGGUUACACCAGAUCAAAUUGACGAAAUCAUUUCUGCGGAAAUUCUUGAUGCAAAGAAAGAUCCAGUAUUAUACGAAGUGAUGAAAACCAAUAAGGUUCAUGAACCUUGCGGACACCACAACCCCACUUCGGUUUGUAUGUCUGUCAAUAAAUGCACGAAACAGUAUCCACGUACUUUUCUUUCGGAAACACAAACUAGAAAUAAUGGAUAUUCACUCUAUCGGCAACGCUCACCAUACGACAAUGGCAGAACAUUUAGCAUUCAAUUUAGAGGCGUGAGUAUCGAAGUUGACAACACAUGGAUCAUACCAUAUACGCCACUGUUGUCUAAUUCACAUUCAAAAGUCAUGUCAAUGUCGUCAGUGAUCCGAUUGCGGGGACACUCGGAAAUACCUUGAUAUUAUACAUAGAAUGCAUUGUUGAAAAAAUAAUCAUUACGCAGAAAGCAAGGCCAAGCAGUAGAUGGACAUCCAGGUGUGUUAUCAACUAAUGCAUUAGGACGAAUUUACACAAUCCACCCGAAAAACGACGAUUCUUCCUACCUUCGGUUGCUAUUGAUAAAUGUACGCGGUUCGACUUCAUUUUAGUCAUUGCGUACUGUGAAUGAUACGGUGCGUGCAACUUUUUGAGAAGCAAGCCAGCAAUUACAAUUGUGGAAAAAUGAUAAUCACUGGAAUGCAAAUGCCUUCAAAUCCGCGUCUAUUAUGGGAUACGAACAAAAAUGGCAUUGUCGAAGACAUUUUACAUCAUCUUCGCUAAUAAUUAGAAAAUGGUCAAUUCCGGUUGAUACUUCCGGUAGUUUGCUAUUAAUUCCAUCUGCCUCUUAUCAAUUCACGAAAGAUGAACUCAUGACGAAUGUUUAUCCGAACAUUGGCCAAAUUAUCGUAACUAUAAUUCCUUAAGUGCACGCGAAAUGUUAGCUGCCAAAAAUACCGAUGUUGAUGACUUAGACUGGAAGAUUCAAAGUCAAAUUCCGGGAGACUUCCGCUCAUAUAAAUCGAUCGAUCGUCUUGACAAUGAAGACAACGCCGUGAAUUAUCCAGUGGAAUUUCUAAAUUCUUUGGAGGGGCUUUUUGUGCUACCGCAUUUGCGUCUCAAAGUUGGAUCUGUCUGAUACAAGGGGCAGAAUGCUUGAUUCUACGAAAUCCUUUGAGUUCUAGCGAUUUGCCAUUUCAGUUCAAACGUAUCCCGUUUCCAGUGAAAAUUGCAUUUGAGAUGACAGUCAACAGGACCUAAAGAUAGUCGUAUAGUGUGAGGCAUAAAUUCGGAAAUGCUAUGUUUUUCACACGGCCGUAUCGUGCUCGCGAGUUGGAAAACCAUCUUUUCUGUACACCGGAACAGAAACCGAAAAAUGUUGUUUAUAAAGCUGCGUAACAUAGAAAAAAAAAAUGAAAUGAUAAAUUUAACUUUCUUUCCAUUUCAAACUACAUAAUUUCACACAGGACAACGGCUGCGGGGUCAGCUAGUAUAUAUAUAUAUAUAUAUAUAUAAUAUAUAUAAUUUUUCUAUCGAAUACAUUAAAGGGAAAAACAAUUAUGUAGCACACUUUUUGAGUAUAAUUAAAAACUAUGAAAUUACUUCCCAAAUAGGAAUUUUAAAAAGGGAUGAAGGUAGCAGCAUGCCAGUAGAAGCGGAAGCUGUCCACUCAGAAGAAGAAUAUUCAGGAAUUAAAAUUAUUAUAGAAGAAUUUUCAUCCAAUCUUAACGUGAAAUUCGUCAAGUGUUCCUAUUUAGCAAAUGUUGUGGAAAACGAAAAAGAAUUAAGAAAACAAAUUGCAAUAUUUCAUAAAAAUAAAAGGGGUCACUGUAGAAUUAUAGCCACCUACGAAAAAUUAAAGAAUAAACUAUAUAAUCCUCACAUUAGAGAGCAAAUGCAUCGGGUAUUAAAUCAUUGCGACAUAUGUUCAGGCGGCAAAUAUUAUAUUAUGGAAAUCCGAUAAAAAACAAAUUUAUUUAUCACGAAUAGCAGCGUCAUUGUAAGUCAAUUGCAAUAAUUCAUAUCCAUAAAAGGAAAGGCAUGCUAUAAUACCAUGACAGUGAAUUUAGGGCUCAAAAUAUUGAAGAAUUCCCAAACAGAAAAGGAAUACAAUACCACAUAACUAAACCGAAUAGUCACACUGGAAUAGUGACGAGGAAAGACUAAAUAAUACAAUCACAGAAAAAAAUUCAGCUCUAACUCUAGAGCUUAAUUUACCAAUUACACAACAAAUUUUUAAAGCUAUCACGUACUGCAAUGAUACUUAUCACAGCACAAUUAAAUGCACUCCGAUAGAAGCAAAAACUAAAAUAAUAAAUCAUGCAAUAAUAUAUUAUACAUAUGAAACAAUCAAAAAUAAAUAAAACAAAUAUGAAUGUUGAAGAAUAUACAGAAACUAUACAAGAAGGAUUUAUAAAACAUUAUAAAAAUGUAAGACAUAAAGAGAAACCAAAGUUCAGGAAAACCCCUAUAAGGAAUCCACACCACGAACGUAAAAGGACCCACCAAAUUUGGCAAUUAAUCAUCGAGCAUUUAGUAUACUAAAAUGAAUCACUAAUUUAAAUUUGCAGGUCAUAAUGUGGAUAUUAUUGUAGGUUCCGGACAAUUAGAAGUGUCUUUAUUGAAAGUUGAAUAGCGUCCUAGUUUCAUCAAGUUUUAGUUGCGUGCGUUAAGUAUGUAGGGCUUCAUUUUAGCAUAAUUAUAAUGUUGUUAAUAUGUCACUUCUACAUUCGGUCAUUCUGAACUACUGUUCGACCCGAACGAUGGGUUCCAAGCCUUCAUAAAUUGAGCUAACGUUGUCAACAGUGUAUCUCCCGUGUAGUAAACGUUGUUGUAUUUGAUGCGGUCCAAGGAAUUUAGCUUUUAGUUUUAAACCCGAACCAUAUUGAGUCCUCUUAAUUGCUACUAGGUCACCUAUAUUAUACGAGGUUUCCUGUCUUCUUUUGGAGUUAAACGUUUUCUUAUUCUCCUCUUGUAUCUUGGAGAUGUUUUCUAAGGCAUGUUUUCUAAUAUGGUUACGUUCAGUUUCUAACUCCUCAACUAUCGACCUAUCUAAUAGUUCUUGUAGCUCUACAUCAGCAGCUGUUCGCAUGUCUAACCCUGUCAGUAUCUUGAAUGGUGCGAAGCUCGUGCUUCUUGAAGGUGAAUUAUUAAUUAAGCGUUGAACUCUAUCAACGUGUUUAUACCAGUUUGUUGGGUUGUUGUUGCACAAUUUAGUUAAAAGCGGUAGAAUAAGGCGGUGAAUACGUUCGACCUGCCCGUUUCCACGAGGAACGCCGGUUGCUAUAAGGAGGUGCUGAACUCCUCUAUUGCAGUAUUUCUCAAAACACUUCGCCGUAAAAGCUGUAAUUAUCCGACGGGGAUUGCCAAAGAUAGAUGCCUGUUUUUCUAGCCUCUCUACCACGGAUGUAGAGUAUGUACUUUUAGUUGGGUACAGCCAUGCAAAUUUGCUAAACGCGUCCACUACAACAAGCAAAUGGUUAUACUUUUUAUGCGUCAACUCCAUUGAGCCAACGUGGUCCAAAUGAUAAGUACCAAGUGGUUUGUCUUCCUUACGUAUAGGAGUUAGUAAUCCCUCUUUUUUCCCUAAUUUUGCCUCUCCUAUAAUGCAUUCAAUGCAGUUCUUCACUACAUGUGUAAUUUUUGAUCCAAUAUUUGGAAUAUAAAAAGUUUUUUCUAUGUAA